UCCUAGGGUUUUCGGAAACCCCCUUUUCUUGUUCUCCAGAGCUCCAAUGGCGGAUGAAUCGGCGUACGCUCCUCGGCAUGACAACAAGCGGAGGCUGGAUGACUCUCCUCCACCGCCAUGGCCUGCUCGCCGGCAGUCGGGCUUCUCCUCGCCCCUUGUGGACGGCCAGUCGGGGGCGGCGGCGUCCUAUAACAGCGUCCCGCCUCCGCCUGACGGGAUCCAGCUCGCGAAACAGCGGGCCCAAGAAAUUGCGGCUAAGAUAUUCAGCGAGGCCGGGGCGAAGCGCCCGAAGGUCGACAACGGCGUCUCUAGCGGGGAUGAAUCUAGCGAUAAGGGAUUCGGCUCUGGGCCGUCUGAUCAUUUCCAAAAGUCUAUGGGUCAGCAAUUGCCCUCACAAGUUGGUUUCUCUUCUCCAGCACCAUUUUCUUCAUAUGGCUAUCAGGGUUCCGGCAAAAAGAUUGAGAUUCCAAAUGGAAGAGUUGGUGUGAUCAUUGGCAAGGGUGGAGAAACGAUCAAAUAUCUUCAAGUUCAAUCAGGAGCCCGAAUUCAAGUAACUAGGGAUGCGGAUGCUGAUCCUGGUGCACAGUUCAGAAAUGUGGAGCUCAUGGGUACUGCUGAGCAAAUCAGCAAGGCUGAACAGCUAAUUAAGGAAGUCAUUGCUGAGGCUGAUGCUGGUGGUUCUGGUACAGUUUCUGCUCGAAAAUACGGAGGCUCUCAAGCUGGUGUUGAACAUUUUUCUAUGAAAGUUCCUAACAACAAGGUUGGCCUAAUCAUUGGUAAAGGUGGGGAGACAAUAAAGAAUAUGCAAACCAAAUCUGGAGCUCGUAUUCAGUUGAUACCUUUGCAUUUGCCACCUGGUGAUUCAUCAACAGAAAGAAAUCUACAUGUUGAUGGCACUCCAGAACAGAUUGAAAUAGCAAAACAAUUAGUCAAUGAAAUCAUAAGUGAGAAUCGUGCCAGGAAUCCAUCUAUGGGAGGUUAUCCUCCACAAUAUGGCGCUCCCCGACCUCCAACAAGCUGGGGCCCACCUGGGCCACCUCCCAUGCAACAGCCUGGUUAUGGUUACAUGCAGCCAGGAACAUACCCAGGGCAGCCUCCUCAGUAUAACAUGCCCCAAUCUGCUUAUGGUGGCUAUCCACCCGCACCUUCAUCAGGCGGAUACUCUACUGGUUGGGACCAAUCCUCUAAUCCACCUUCUCAACAAGCUACAGCAGGAGGUGGCUAUGAUUAUUACAAUCAGCAGCAGUCUGUUGGGAACUCUUCUGCCCCUGCUGACAAUAACAGCAGUUAUAACUACGGGCAGCCACCAACUGGCGGCUACAACUCUCAAGGAUCAUACAGCGAUGCUUACCCACAAUCAGCUGCUGCAGGGCAACAGUCAAGCCAUGGGCAGGACAGCUAUUCUGCUGGUUACCAAGCUCCCCCGGCACAGACUGGCUAUGAUCAACAAGGGUAUGCUUCCGCCCCUGGUUAUGGAGGACCUCCUAACCCGACCUCUGAUGGCUCAGCUUCAACAUAUGGCACCCAAGGAGGAACUGCUCAUGCUCCUCCAGCUCAACAAGCACCGCCAGUCCAGCAAUCCUCAGCCCCACAGAGUUCACAGGGCUACGCCUCUCAACAAACUGGAUAUGGCGUGCCACCACCAACUUCUCAGCCAGGAUAUGCAAGCCAGACCCUGCAGAGUGGAUAUGCGCAAUCAGGAUCUAUGACACAGCCAAGCUAUGGGCAGGGUCCAAGGCCACCCGCUUACCCCCAAGGCCAACAGCCACAGUCUGCGCAAGCUGGCUACAGCACCGGCAUGGUUCAACCAGGAUACAGCCAAGUGCCACCAGCACAAGCCGGUUAUGCUCAAGAGUCUCACCAUCGAGGUUAUGGUCAGCCCCCGUCAUAUGGUGCACCACCCCAGAGCCAACCACCUUAUGCUCAACAGUCAUAUGGUGAUACCUAUAGUGGUGGUGGGUAUGCCCAGCCUCCAGCAUUCUCUAGUGAAACCACUGCUACUGGUGCCUAUGAUGCCCCUGCUGCUGCCCAGACUGCCUCUACUGGAACUGCCAAAGCUUCCCCAAAGAGUUAAUUUUCCCUAGACUAGUCCAGCCAUGCUUAGCUCUUUAUUUUAAAUCUUUCAGUUUUGACGUUUGUUGCCUUCUAGAAUUGUCAUGCUUUUCAUCUUGUCUUUCUUUAUUUUUAUGUGCAACUCCCUGGAGAGCUUAAUUCUAGCUACUAAAGCUUUGUUAUUAUGUGAUCUUUUAAGACGAUAUGAUGUCACUACUGCUUGGUUUAUUUUCA